UAAUCUUCUAUGGUUAUUGCAUUUUUGGUUCUACUACUACAAUUUUUUGGCUAUGUAAAUGGGGGAGAUGAUGAGAUUCAUAAUUUGAAGGGGUGUGAUAUCUACCAUGGAACAUGGAUUUAUGAUGAUUCAUAUCCUCUUUACAACUCAAGUGAGUGUUUUCAUCUAAACAUGCACUUUGAUUGCCAACAAAAUGGUCGUCCAGAUAAAGAAUAUCUCAAAUAUAGAUGGAAACCCUAUGCAUGCAACCUACCAAGGUUUAAUGGUAAGGAUUUUCUGGAGAGAUUAAGGAAUAAACGGAUAGCGUUUGUUGGGGAUUCAAUAAGCUUUAAUCAGUGGCAGUCAUUAACAUGCAUACUUCAUUCACACCAUCGUCACGUUGCAUUCAUUGGAGGGAUUCGCCAUCACGGUUUCUCCAAAUUCACCUUUCCGAAUCACAAUGUGACAAUACUAUUGUUAUGGAAUCCAUUCCUAGUAGAAAAUGAAAGCACUUCAUACGGUCGUGUUUUGAAUCUGAGUUCUAUUGCCGAUUCUGAUGCUACUCUGUGGCAACAGAGUGAUGUUCUGGUUUUCAAUUCAUGGCUAUGGUGGCUUCAGUCUGGAACCGCAACUCCGUGGGAUUUCAUAGCGGAUGGUAAUGAUUUACACAAAGACAUGGAUCGUUUGGUUGCAUAUGAAAAGGCACUAACAACAUGGGCUCAGUGGGUGGAAAGUAACAUUGAUUUUCAUAAGACUCUAGUCUUCUUCCGAGGAGAUGCAGCAAGACAUCCUAAUGGUAGCGCUUGGGGGAAUUAUGAUGGGAAGCAUUGCGGUGAAGAAACAGAGCCAAUCUUUAAGGCAAAGAUUCCAUUGAUGAAGAUUCGAGGCGAAGAAAUAGUGGAGAGAGUGAUUAGUAAAAUGUCAAAGGCAGUGAAAUUGAUGAACAUAACAAUGCUUUCACAAUUGAGAAAAGAUGGACACCCAGGUCUUUAUGCUUCACCAAGGCAUCAUGGCAUGGAUUGUAGCCAUUGGUGUCUCCCUGGAGUUCCUGAUACUUGGAACCAACUCUUUUAUGCAGAGCUUCUUAGAUCCUUGUAAUAAGGAUCCGAGCCAAUAAUCAAUCUAUACAUGUAUGAAUAAAUUAUCAAAAAUAUUAUUUCUAUAUUAAAAUUAGCUAUUAAA